ACAAACCAGGAAGUAUGUUCCCUGUGAUCAAAAUGGAUUCAGAGUUUUAGUGAAGUAAAUCGUUGAGAUAUUAGCCCGACUUUCUUGAAAAUUGGUCAUAUUGGACUUGAAUUAAAAUUCCCAUAGUUACGGAAUACUCUCGGAUUGUUACAUUUGUCGAUAUUUACGUUAAAGUCGAGCAAACAGAUGAAGUGCAGCGACAUAAACAAGAGAUAUCUCUGCAGUUAGCACGGGCAGUCAGUAAACACUCCCUGACAGUGUUAUUAUUUUGGUAUUAAAGUACUAGUAGGGUAGGUUGUGUUUCAUAUACUUUACAGCAAAAUGCAUCGUAGGGGCGUUGGUGCUGGAGCCAUUGCCAAAAAGAAGCUCGCAGAGGCUAAAUAUAAAGAAAGAGGAACUGUUCUCGCAGAGGACCAGAUUGUCCAAAUGUCGAAACAGCUGGAGACAUUCAAGUCCCACCUGGAAGAGUUUGCUAGCAAACACAAACAAGAAAUCCGCAAGAAUUCCCAGUUCAGGGUGCAGUUUCAGGAAAUGUGUGCUACCAUUGGAGUCGACCCUCUGGCAUCUGGAAAAGGUUUUUGGUCAGAGAUGCUUGGAGUAGGUGACUUCUAUUAUGAGCUUGGUGUACAGAUCAUUGAAGUGUGCCUCGCCCUGAAACACAGAAAUGGAGGCCUUAUUACACUGGAUGAACUUCAUCAGCGAGUACUGAAAGGACGGGGCAAAUAUGCUCAAGAUGUGAGCCAGGACGACUUGGUGAGAGCCAUAAAGAAACUGAAAGUAAUGGGAAAUGGAUUUGGGAUGAUUCCUGUUGGUGGUUCUUAUUUAGUGCAGUCAGUCCCAGCAGAGCUCAACAUGGAUCACACCGUAGUUCUGCAGUUGGCAGAGAAGAAGGGCUACGUUACAGUGAGUGAGAUCAAGGACAGUCUAAAAUGGGAGAAAGAACGGGCUUCACAUGUUCUGGAUCACUUACUAAAGGAAGGACUGGCCUGGUUAGACUCUCAAGCAGCCGGAGAACCACAGUACUGGCUGCCUGCUCUCUUCUCAGAGCUGACUUCCCGUGAUAUCACCCCAGAGGAGGCCAAUCAGAUGACACCUUAAGGAACGUGGGUGGGCCCGGACUGUGGACAGCUCAGAGACUUGUUUGUAAACAAAAUGGGUCUGGUGGGAUAGCUCACAUGAUGGAGUUGGCUGAUGGAAUGAAGUCACUCAGAGAUCAUAUUCUGGACUCGAGGAGGGAAACUUGACUCAUCUGCUUCUCCUCAGUAACAUCUAUGCAACUGGUGCACUUACACUAUUACAGAGUCGUAACUGAAAGCAACAUAUAGUGUUUCCUGCUUUCCCUUACACUGCAGUCACAUCAUCCUGGUGAUCAUGGUUUAUGGGUGGUCCAUAAUUUUAAAUGUGCAGGACGUGAAAAUGUUUUCUGCAUGUACAAAAACUUUCACCUUUGUACCAGUUAAAAUGCAUUUUUAUUUUGUCAGCAGUGUCCAUUAACAUACAUUUACAUUUGAUUAUUUGAGUCAUUCACUUGUUACAUGAUUCAACCUCAAAUCAACAAAGCAUCCUGCCAGGUACACUGUAUUUUAAAAUGAAAUAAAAGUUGAUAAAGGGUUCAUAAGAACAUGAA